AUCUAUACGGUCAUCGGGAGGAUUGCACGUUUUGCAGAACUGCAGACCUGACCCACCCGAUGAUCAAACAGCAAAUUCACCGUGACAGCCAGGCCAGUGUUUGGUGACCUAGUUUCCCUAGGAAAGGGGACGUUUGAUCCUGCAGGCUCUCUCCAGACCCGGGGCAGCACCACAAGCGAGGCGAGUUACCAAAAAGGGAAAGCUUCUCCUUCAGUCGUGGAUUGGAGUUGAGAGCCAGGAUAGCGCACAUAUUUCGCAGCAUCAGUAGCAGAGUGGCUGCAGUCCAGUUGAAGGAAGGACAGAGAAGGAGUUUGGAAAGUAAACCUCACUCAGCUUGACUCAUGCUCACAAAGAUCUUUUUCUCUUCAUCAAUCUUCACACUCGGGUGAAGACAGAAGUAGAGGUUUGGAUGCAGGUUGUAUGUUGGCUGCUGUGCCUUGGCACGGUGGGGGCACUUGCUGUGCUGCAGAAGGACCAGGUGGCCCAGCACGCCAUCAAGCUUUUUCGGAGCAAGGGGGCCACACACGGCCACAGCUGGGUGACCAGCAACUGCAAGCGGCUGGUGGGGCUCCUGCGUCAGAAGAAUGUAGUUGUCAGGAAGCUGGCAGCCGCUGCUGAUGGUGUCAGACGAGACCGGGCCCUUUCAGAACCAGAGAGGCUCUUCCAGGUUCACACUCUGGAGGUUUUCCAGAAGGAGCUGAAUGAGAGCGAGCACUUGGUUUUCCAGGCAGUGCACAGCCUGCAGAGGGCUCUGCAGGGAGACUACAGGGAUGUGGUCAACAUGAAGGAGAGCAGCAGACAGAGGCUGGAGGCCCUCAGGGAGGCAGCCAUAAAGGAGGAACAGGAGUACGUGGAGCUGGUGGCUGCUGAGAAGCACCAGCAGGAAGCUAUUAAGAGCGCUUUAGCCCAGAAUAAGACUCUGUCCAUGCUGGACGAGAUCCUGGAGGACGUCAGGAAGGCAGCAGACCGGCUGGAAGAGGAGAUUGAGGAGCACGCCUUUGACAACAACAAACAGAUGAAAGGAGUAAAUGUAGAGGCAGUGUUGAGAGUGGAGGAUGACGAGGAGAACGGAGGCAAGAGGAAGAAUAAGUCCAAGCAGAAGGAAGUGGAGGAUGACCUGGGUCUGAGCAUGCUCAUCGACUCGCAAAACAACCAGUAUGUCCUGACCAAACCACGAGACUCCACGAUGCCAAGAGCCGACCAUCACUUCAUCAAGGACUUGGUGUCGGUGGUGAUGUUGUCGCUGCCCUGUGGUUGGAUUUGCAGUCUGGUCGGUCUUCCUCCCAUGUUUGGAUAUAUUAUUUGUGGGGUCCUGCUCGGUCCCUCUGGCCUCAACAGCAUCAAGUCUAUGGUCCAGGUGGAGACUCUGGGGGAGUUGGGUGUGUUCUUCACUCUCUUUGUGGUGGGAUUGGAGUUCUCACCUGAGCGACUUCGAAAGGUAUGGAAGACAUCAGUCCAGGGCUCGUGCUACCUCAGUCUGUUGAUGGUGGGGGCCGGUUUGGUGUGGGGACAAGUCCUGCAUAUUCGACCCACCCAGACUGUCUUUGUUUCCACUUGCCUCUCUCUGUCCAGCACUCCACUCGUGUCCCGCUUCCUGGCAGGUGGGAGCAGAGGUGACAAAGAAGGUGAUCUUGACUACAGCAGCGUUCUCCUCGGGAUGUUAGUGAUGCAGGAUGUUCAGCUCGGUCUCUUCGUCGCCGUCAUGCCGACUCUGAUCCAGGCACAGAGUGGAGACUUGGACAGCUUCCUGUUUGGAAGUCUUCGCGUGUUUUACCUCCUGGCCCAGGUCCUGGUCUCUCUGGCUGCCGUGCUGCUUCUGUGUUUGUUACUCAAAGCAUUCCUAAUUGGCCCAUAUUACAAGAAACUUCACGCUGAGAGCAAAGGCAACAAGGAGAUCUUGGUGCUGGGGAUGGCAGCUUUUGUCUUUUUCAUGCUGACGGUGACAGAGUUUUUUGAUGUUUCUAUGGAGCUGGGCUGUUUCCUGGCUGGAGCUCUGCUGUCCACACAGGGUCACAUGGUUACCAUGGAGGUCAUGGGAUGCAUUGAGCCAAUCAGAGAUUUCCUCGCCAUCAUCUUCUUUGCCUCUAUUGGUCUCCACGUGUUCCCAACAUUUGUGCUGUAUGAACUCACCAUUCUGCUGGUGCUAACACUCACACUUGUCAUUAUGAAGUUCAUGAUGGCCGUACUGGUGUUGUCGGCUAUCUUGCCUCCGGGUUCUCAACACAUUCGGUGGAUUGUCUCAGCCGGUCUGGCUCAGGUCAGCGAAUUCUCCUUCGUCCUGAGCAGCCGUGCUCGUCGUGCUGGCAUCAUCUCCAGAGAGGUGUACCUGCUGGUUCUCAGCGUCACCACCCUCAGUUUGCUGCUGGCACCGGUGCUGUGGAGAGUUACCACACACAAAUGGGUUUCCCGGGCAGAACGCAAAACCGUUACAUGACCAGACCAGCGUCAAGGCCCAAAGGUUCCCGUGUAACUCCCACAAAAAGAGUCAGAAAGGUUGGACCAAAUCUUCUUUUUCUUCUUCUUUGCAACAUCGCUGAACCCCUCCACUGUUCGUAAAAGUUGGACAUUAUCUGUGACUUUAAAGAAUCCUUGAUAAUAAAGCACACCUGCUCGACAGUCCAGUGGAGAAGCAAAAGUACUUGAUAUCUUUCCAUUUCUGUUGUGUUUUAAUGCACUUAUGAAGAUAAACACAUACGUUCCCUCUCUACUGUCUGUAAUAAUGAAUUUCAAUGGAAUUCCUUUUCUUUUUUUCCGAUUCUCAGUGGUUUCUGUACCUUCAACCCAAGGUUUUUCUGAUUACUUGUAACAAUCACAAAUCUAAAUUCAUUCUCAUUUUUCAUGUAAAAUAUAAAUAUUUAGAUUUUUUUUUUUUAUUAGGGAAAAUGAUUCUGUAAUUUAUAUCGCCUCAUUUGACCAUCUCACAUUACUAUUACUGACUUUUGGGAUAUCGCUUGUCUGGCUUACCCGAUGACGUACAGUGCAUCGCCGGAUGUCAGGCCCCUUCCGCUACGUCCGCUAUGUUUAUACAAGGGCACUGUUGCUGCAUCCGGGGCUUAGCGAACGCCUAAGACGAUUGUGAUUGGUUUAAAGAAAUACAAACAACCUAGAGGUGUAGCCAGACCAUACUCAAGCACUGACACAGCGCUGUGGUGAUAGGUCUGGCUAUGCGAGGCUAGGCUAUUGCGAAUGUUCGAUUCAAAUCCUUGCUGAAGUGCAAACCUUCUAUCUGCUGUAUUUAAUAGAGGACACUCGUAGAUUAUUGUAAUCAUUGUACUACUGUGAAUUAAGCUGUGAGGACACUCUUCAGUGUUACCUAAAAACUACAACAAUUCCUUUUACAAAGUCUGUAUUCAUACACGUUAGUAAAAAGUAAGCAAUGGAGAUGAAAAAAAUAGUAGAGAGCAGCUCACAAGAAACAGAAAAUGCCCGUCAGAAAAGGAAAACCUGCACUAGUUACCGUUGAAUGUCAAAUGUAUGUGCCUGCUCAACACUGCUCCGCAUUAAAAGCGAGGACCUUGGUGGCUUCUCCUGCUGUUAAUGUCUUCAUCUUUCAUAAUGUGCAAUGUGGAAGUGUACUGUGUAAGCUACGUACAUGUUAUGCUUUAUUUUAUGUUUCACAUUUUCCUGCAGUAUGUCCACACACAAUGGUAUUUUUUCUUAACUUUGUGUAGUUUACAUACUUGUGUUGGUGGCCAUGGCGCAAAGAGAUGCUGUUUUUGUCAAAUGUUCAAGAAUUUUUAAAUUGUUGAAUUCAUUCAUUUAUUUAUUAAAAAUAAGAUGACACAGAUA